AUGGCUGUAUAUUCGCCGGACGAGUUAGUAUGGUGUCGGGUCUUCUCAUUAUCACUUAAAGAAGAGGCCUUGGAUUGGUUCCAUUCCCUAUUGCCAGCAACAAUUGAUAGUUUCACUACUUUGCGGCAGAUGUUUAGUCAGCAGUAUGCCUCAAAUAAGGUCCCGGGGGUAACGUACACCGCACUGGUAAGGAUGAGACAAGGGAGAGAUGAGUCCCUCAGGGCAUUUAUUUAUCGGUUCAACCGAACGGCGAGGCAAGUGAGGAAUGUGGACCAGAGGCUGAUAGUAGGUGCGUUAACAGCAGCGCUACGACCAGGACCAUUCUUUGACUAUUUACAUGCUGAGGAGCCUCAGAGUAUGGAGGAGCUACAGGACAGGUUGGCAAGCUUUAUUCGGGUGGAGGAGGGACGAGCCCACUAG